GCCAUGGACUGGGAUAUGAAUAAUUCCACUGAUGACUGGAUUGACGAUGAGGAGCACGAUCCUGACUCCAUUUUAGAUUACAGUACUUAUGAGCUUCUCUGUGAAAAAAGUGAUGUAAGAAAUUUCAGUAAAUUAUUCCUCCCUGUGUUUUAUACAUUGGCUUUCACUGUUGGAGUGGCUGGAAAUUCAUUAGUGGUGGCAAUUUAUUCCUAUUGCAAGAAACCAAAGACCAAGACGGAUGUGUACAUCAUGCAUCUAGCCAUUGCUGAUUUGCUCUUGCUCUUUACACUCCCUUUUUGGGCUGCAAAUGCAGUGCAGGGAUGGGAACUAGGAAACUUUAUGUGCAAGCUCACUUCUUCCCUGUACACCAUGAAUUUCAGCUCUAGCAUGCUGUUCCUGGCCUGUAUCAGUGUGGAUAGAUACAGGGCCACUUCUGAAUCCCAGGGUCACAGAAGAGUUGGGAAACACUGCAGUGUUACCUGCACCUGCGUCUGGCUGGCUGCCAUUUUCCUCAGCAUCCCUGAACUGAUAUUUAAUCAAGUCAGGAAACACAAUGACAGGAAUCAGUGCCUUCCUGUACUUCCAAUGAACAUAGAAACAGUCUUGAAAGCAACCAUUCAAAUCCUGGAAAUUAUCCUGGAAUUUGUGCUUCCUUUCCUAGUCAUGCUGGUAUGCUACUCAGCCACUGCUCGAGCAAUCUUCAGAUCUGCAAAUGCUAAAAAAUCUAGACCCUUUCUCGUUCUGCUGGCAGUAGUGGCUACUUUCAUUAUUACCCAGCUACCUUACAACAUCGUCAAGCUCUGGCGAGCCAUAGAUAUCAUCUACAUGUUGAUCACUGACUGUGAUGUAAGCAAAACCUUAGACAUUGCACUCCAGGUCACCAAGAGCAUAGCUUUGUUUCACACCUGCCUGAACCCUCUUCUCUACGCCUUUCUGGGUGCAUCUUUUAAAAUGCAUAUUGUGAAAAUUGCAAAAAAUUAUGGACACUGGAGAAAACAACAACAGAACAGAAGACCUGAAGAAAUUUCUAUGAAUUUUGAAGAACAUACUGAAGAUACAACUAGUUUCACUAUAUAG